AAAUAGAGGAGGCGUUGACUCUACCCGAGGGUCGCCCGACGCUUCCAGGACAAUUCUCCGGCGACACGCAUGCCCUGUGGCAUGGCAUGUCUUGCGAGUGCGUGUGUUGUUUAUUGAGGUGGUCUUCUCUACGAGCUUUGUGCGGACUGGAUGAACGCCGAAACAAUGUCCAGAUUGUUGAAAAUGUCGUGCGAAUGCAACGGUGCCCACCGCAAACCGGCGAGUAUCUUGUCGUUCCUGUCCCAUGUGAAGCCGGGCCAUCUGAUUGCUGGAGUAUGUGGUGGACUAGCUUCCACCUUGGCGGUACAUCCGUUUGACUUGUUGAAGAUAAGGCUCGCUGUGAAUGAUGGUGCGGUUUCAAGCAGACCCCAUUAUCGUGGGUUUCUCAACGCGGUCGCUACGAUUUUCAGCCAAGAAGGCAUCGUUGGAUUUUACCGAGGUGUAACACCCAACUGCAUCGGCGCUGGCGCCUCGUGGGGUUUUUAUUUCUUCUUCUACAACGCCAUCAAGUCGCAGUUGUCAUUGAGUGCUCGCACCGAACAUCUCGGGCCGGGGCGACACAUGCAGGCCGCCGCAGAGGCUGGCAUUCUGACGCUGCUGAUGACGAAUCCGAUCUGGGUUGUGAAGACGAGGAUGUGCCUUCAGUACAACACGUCGCAACUGUCAGAUGAACUUCGAUACAAGAGCACGUUGGACGCCCUCAGAAAAAUAUACCGCUACGAUGGAGUGAGGGGCCUCUAUCGAGGUUUCAUACCAGGCGUCUUUGGAGUGUCGCACGGUGCGCUGCAGUUCAUGGCUUACGAGGAAAUGAAGAAGUUAUACCACCACCACUUCGGUGCCGGCAGUCAGCUAGGCACGUUUGAGUAUCUCGCCUUUGCCGCCCUCUCGAAACUUUUCGCGACCACGUUGACGUACCCUUAUCAGGUAGUGAGGGCGAGACUGCAGGAUCAGCACAAGAAGUACUCCAGCAUCGCCGACUGCAUAUCAAGGACUUGGCGAUUUGAAGGCUACGCGGGUUUUUACAAGGGCCUAGUUCCGAACUUACUCCGCGUCACUCCGGCUACUGCUAUCACAUUUGUGGUGUACGAGAACAUCUCCAAGUGGCUUGUCAACACUUAAGUUACCAUGCAAAAAAGUGCAAAAGUGCCAGACAGUUGUUUUACCAUCACAGAGUAAUAUAUAUGCUGUUCACAUUUGCAUUGUUUCUAGGAUGCCAGUAAUAAGGUAAAAUGCCUUAGCCAAAGAAAGAACAUGUGGUACAGUGUGCACUUUUCUGUUGUCGUUAAAGCUAGUCGUACAACGAAGUACGAGAGUGCAUUGUUGUCGUGUACCACUGUACUUACGCAUAUUGACAGCACGUUUUUUUCCAUUGUUUUCAAUAAAUAUUCUAAACGUGAA